CCACGACAAAUAAACACGCGUAUUCGAUGAUGCUGGCCAUUCUAUCCCACGCUCAAGAUGAUGUCAGAGAACACUGGCUCCUCUAACCUCCAGCUCAGCUCAGGGAAGAAGCGGAAAAGGAAUUCUGUGCAGCCCGAUAUGAUCAAUCUGGGCCCUUCCCUCAAUCAGCCAUUCCAACUGCCUGUGCAUAGCUUAGAUCCCAUUUCCCCCCAAAGUCAUUCGGAGUCAUUGAAGGGGUUCUCAACCUAUCAUCCGUGGAGUCUUCCACGAAAACGACGACUUCCUCAACAGCUCUUCUGCUAUUCUCAAUCAACACAGCCGCUGUCAGAAAUAUGGAAUGAAUCAUUGCCAGCUCAUGCGGCACAACCAGGCCCUUCGACACCCCAAAUAUGUUUGUCGGCAGUCUCGAACCCCCCUUCUAUUUCCCUGAAAACUACUCUUGCAGGUUCCAACCCAUGCCAGCAAAGCCUGCGCACACCCGCGUCAUUUUUACGUCCGUGUCACAUAUGUUAUCGAAGACCUACAACCCGGGAAUUGAUUGAGGCAUAUGCAGAUUGUAGUAUAUGUGGCCAGCGAAGUUGUUACAUUUGUCUUCGCCAAUGUGACGCGCUCGAUUGCACUGGCUCAAGUCAUUUAAUCAGGGGGACUCAUGUACUGCGAGAUUCCACCGCCAUGAUGCACGAGGACACCAAUGGCAAUAAACCACGCUCCAGCCAACCUAGGAAGAUCUGCUCCCGAUGUGCAGUAGAGAAUGUGACCGAAACAGGAAGAGAGGUGGUGAGAUGCCUGGAUUGCGUACGAGGCUAUCCAUUCCACUAGACGGAUUGUUCCUAGAGAACGGAGACAUGGGUAUAAGAGUAUUGCAUAGAUGUACUUGUUUCUGUCAGUGGACAUUGAUUUGGACUCAAUACAUUCAUUCAGUAGGUGAAUGAUUAUGACUGUCGAUAGUGAAACAUGAGGAAUGGGAACAUGGGACUUUAGCAUCCAAAUGUACAUAUAUGUAGUCACUGC